CAUUUUCAGGUUGGAUAACUGAUUCCAAUGGCAUCAAGGAUGGCUGCAAGGUUUUUCUCUCGGAGGAUGUCAAGUAGUGGAAAGAUACUGAGCGAAGAGGAAAGAGCUGCAGAAAAUGUUUAUAUCAAGAAAACUGAGCAAGAGAAGCUUGAGAAGCUUGCACGAAAGGGUCCUAAACCAGAAGACAAAGCAACUGCAGGCCCGGGGGAGUCGAUAACUGAUGCCAAGCCAAGUGGCUCAAGCUCAGGUUCUGGAGCAUCAACUGCCAAAGUAUCAACUGACAAGUACAGGAAUUAUGCUGUUGUCGCAGGUGUUGUGACUGCUUUUGCUGCCCUGGGAUGGUAUAUGAAGGGAAGUGAAAAGAAGGCAGAAGUGCAGGACUGAGGUUCAAGUAUUUCAUGUGGAACAUUUGAACCAUUAGUUAGUAUCACUCAGUUAGCAUAGAAAUAAAGCAAACUAUGAACUCUUAAUGUUUAUGUUCUGACUGGUGUAUAAUUUGUUGAGUUUUGAGACACUGUUUCCAUGUUGACCUUUCUUUUCCCCGCCCGCAAUAUAUACAUAAAGGAGGAUACCUUUAGAGCACUCAAUUUUGAAGUGAGUUUGUUAUUUGUU